ACAGCCCAGGCAAUAUAAGGCCUGACGUUCUCUUAAAGCGGCUGCUGGAGCAACACGGAGACAGAGCAAGAGCAACACUCCCUCUGACAGUGUGUGUGUGUAUGUGUGUGUUCUGUGUACACACAGUGGCUUCAUCAGUGUGUCACACUCCCCACUUUUCUCUUACAGUCGCCGGUUAUCAGGUCCAGGGCAGCAAUUUCUGCCUCAUUCAUUCAUUUGUUUACAUCCAGAGCACCUGCUCUUACCCACUGAUUGUAGCCUGCAGAAUUCAGAAUGCUUUUGUAUUUUGGAGGGGUGAAGAAUGGUCUUGGACUGCUGGCUCUGCGGAGGGUGUACCUACUCUCUCGCUCUGCCCACACCUCGCCACAGACCCUCGAAUAUCGGCCAAUCAAAAAGGUCAUGGUAGCUAACAGAGGUGAGAUAGCAAUCCGGGUGUUCCGAGCAUGUACAGAGCUGGGGAUCCGGACAGUGGCAGUGUAUUCUGAGCAGGAUACGGGACAGAUGCACAGACAGAAAGCAGAUGAAGCCUACCUGAUCGGCAAAGGCCUUCCCCCAGUCACUGCCUACCUGCACAUACCUGACAUCAUCAAAGUGGCCAAGGAGAAUAAUGUGGAUGCCAUCCACCCUGGUUAUGGCUUUUUGUCGGAGCGCUCUGACUUUGCUCAGGCCUGUGAGGAAGCUGGGGUCAGAUUCAUUGGCCCAAGUCCAGAGGUGGUGCGCAAGAUGGGUGAUAAAGUGGAGGCUCGUGCCCUGGCCAUCCAAGCUGGUGUUCCAGUGGUCCCUGGGACGGAUGCCCCCAUAUCUUCUCUGCAGGAGGCUCAGGAAUUUGCCAAGACCUAUGGCUUCCCCAUCAUUUUUAAAGCUGCCUAUGGAGGAGGUGGCCGAGGCAUGCGGGUGGUCAGAGAAUGCGAGGAGUUGGAAGAGAACUAUCAGCGAGCGUACUCCGAGGCUCUUGCAGCUUUUGGAAACGGUGCUCUGUUUGUGGAGAAGUUCAUAGAGAAACCACGCCACAUCGAGGUGCAGAUUCUAGGUGAUAAGUAUGGAAAUGUGAUUCAUUUGUAUGAGCGAGACUGUUCCAUUCAGAGACGCCAUCAGAAAGUAGUGGAAAUUGCCCCCGCUGCUCAGCUGGACCCUCAGCUCAGAGACAAACUCACUUCAGACUCAGUCAACCUGGCCAAGCAGGUGGGCUACGAGAACGCAGGCACAGUGGAGUUUCUAGUGGACAAACAUGGCAAGCACUACUUCAUCGAGGUCAACUCCCGCCUACAGGUGGAGCACACAGUUACAGAGGAGAUUACUGAUGUGGAUCUGGUUCACGCUCAGCUACGUGUGUGUGAAGGCCGGAGUCUUCCUGAGCUCGGGCUCAAACAGGACAAGAUCAAGAUUAACGGCUGCGCCAUCCAGUGCCGAGUCACCACUGAGGACCCUGCUCGUGGCUUCCAGCCAGACACUGGUCGAAUAGAGGUGUUUCGGAGUGCGGAAGGGAUGGGCAUUCGUUUGGACAGCGCCUCUGCGUUCCAGGGUGCGCUUAUAUCCCCACAUUAUGACUCCCUAUUGGUCAAAGUCAUCGCCAGCGGAAAGGAUUUGCCCACGGCGGCUAGUAAGAUGCUCCGAGCUCUCGCAGAGUUUCGCAUCCGUGGUGUGAAGACGAACAUUCCCUUUCUGCAGAACGUUCUGAGUAAUCAUCAGUUCCUCUACAGUACAGUGGAUACACAGUUUAUUGAUGAGAAUCAGGACCUGUUCAACCUCAAACGUGCUCAGAACCGUGCGCAGAAGCUCCUGCAUUACCUGGGACAUGUGAUGGUAAAUGGGCCAACCACUCCAAUCCCCGUCAAAGCCAAGCCCUCUUCCACAGAUCCAGUCAUUCCUUCUCUUCCUAUGGGUGAGCCCCCAGCUGGUUUCCGUGAGGUCCUGCUGAAGGAGGGUCCAGAGGGUUUUGCACGGGCAGUGAGACAGCACCAAGGUCUGCUGCUGAUGGACACGACACUCAGAGAUGCUCAUCAGUCACUCUUGGCCACCCGUGUGAGGACACAUGACCUGAAAAAAAUUGCCCCAUACGUUGCCCACAACUUCAGCAACCUCUUCAGCCUAGAGAACUGGGGAGGUGCAACAUUUGAUGUAGCUAUGAGGUUUCUCUAUGAGUGUCCGUGGCGCAGACUGCAGGAGCUGAGAGCGUUAAUACCCAACGUGCCUUUCCAGAUGUUGCUGAGAGGAGCCAACGCAGUCGGAUACACCAACUAUCCUGACAACGCUGUGUUCAAGUUCUGCGAAGUGGCAAAGGAGAAUGGGAUGGAUAUCUUCCGUGUUUUUGACUCUCUGAACUACCUGCCCAACAUGCUGCUGGGUAUGGAAGCAGCUGGCUCAGCUGGAGGAGUGGUGGAGGCAGCCAUCUCUUACACAGGAGAUGUUUCUGACCCCAUGAGACAGAAAUACUCACUGGAAUACUAUAUACAGCUGGCAGAGGAGUUGGUCAAGGCAGGCACUCAUAUACUGUCCAUUAAGGAUAUGGCUGGACUGUUGAAACCCGAGCCAAGUCGUUUGCUGAUCACAGCGCUGCGGGAUCGUUUCCCUGACAUGCCCAUUCACGUUCACACUCACGACACAGCGGGCGCAGGUGUGGCAGCCAUGCUGGCGUGUGCUGAGGCAGGGGCAGAUAUAGUAGACGUCGCAGUGGACUCCAUGGCUGGAAUGACCUCUCAGCCCAGCAUGGGAGCUUUAGUGGCCUGCACCAAAGGAACCAAACAUGACACUGGAAUCUCUCUGGAGAAGGUCUUUGACUACAGUGAGUACUGGGAGGUGACGCGUGGCCUGUAUGCUCCUUUUGACUGCACAGCCACUAUGAAGUCUGGAAACGCGGAUGUGUAUGAGAAUGAAAUCCCCGGAGGCCAGUAUACUAACCUGCACUUCCAGGCCCACAGCAUGGGUCUGGGUAACAAAUUUAAGGAGGUGAAAAAAGCGUAUGCUGAGGCCAACAGACUGCUGGGUGACCUUAUCAAGGUUACUCCCUCUUCCAAGAUCGUGGGUGAUUUGGCGCAGUUCAUGGUUCAGAACUCUCUCUCUCGAGCAGAUGUAGAAGAGAGGGCCGAUGAGCUGUCCUUUCCCCUUUCUGUGGUGGAGUUUCUGCAGGGACACAUCGGUAUACCCCAUGGAGGCUUCCCUGAGCCAUUCAGGUCUAAGGUGCUGAAGUCGCUGCCUCGUGUGGAGGGUCGCCCUGGCGCCUCACUGCCUGCCAUGGACUUCAAAAAACUGGAGGCUGACCUGCGAAUGGCACAUGGUAGUGAAAUCACGCCUGAAGAUGUGAUGUCGGCAGCCAUGUACCCGAAAGUCUUCAACGAGUUCAAAGAGUUCAGACGCAACUUCGGUCCUGUUGACCGCCUGAACACCCGCUUGUUCCUGGACGGCCCAAAAAUUGCUGAGGAAUUUGAGGUUGAGUUGGAAAGAGGAAAGACACUACAUAUCAAAGCACUGGCCUUGGGGGACUUGAAUAAGGCUGGGCAGAGGGAAGUUUUUUUCGAGCUCAAUGGUCAGCUGCGGUCAGUCCUGGUCAAGGAUACAGUGGCCAUGAAGGAGAUGCACUUCCACCCGAAGGCUCUGAAGGACGUGCGUGGUCAAGUGGGCGCCCCCAUGCCGGGUAAAGUGGUGGAGUUAAAGGUGAAGCAGGGUCAGAAGGUGGAGAAAGGUCAGCCCCUCUGCGUCCUCAGUGCCAUGAAGAUGGAGACUGUGGUCAACUCUCCACUCUCAGGGACAGUGGCCAAGGUCCACGUCAAGGCCGACAGCAGUCUGGAAGGAGAUGACUUGAUCCUGGAGAUUACAGAGUAAAGGUCAAAGGUCAUGUGCUGUGUAGCAGUCCCAGAGGUUUUAAUAGCUGCAGGGAGCCACUAGGACUGAUGAUCCUUGACUUGUUUCUGAUGAGAUAAAGGAUUAAGACAGGUGAACGUUUAGCUCACCUAAUUAGUGUUUAAUUGGAGACCAUUAAUCUUGAUGCAGCCCCUGGCCAUAGAUGUACACAUCCCAGGGUGCUGUGAUACCCAAUUUCAUUCAGCAGUAAGUUUUCAUUUGAAAUGAUUUACAGUGUACAAUUACUACAAGAUUUUAUAACAAUUUAGUUAUUUACAGCUAUUAUCAGCUGAAUUUACAGCUUACAUAGUUACAUAUACAGCUUUUCUCACAUAGGGGGAUGUUGUUCACAUAGCACAGUUUUUGUGGCCUUUUAAAAAGGAUAUAUAUAUAUUGUUGAGUAAAAGGAAAUUAACGGUUCAGAAUUUUUACAUGUGUAAAUUUAUGUGUAUGCCUGGUGCUUUUCCCACAUCAACAUUUUUUCCAUGAUCUAAACUUCAUUUUAAUGUUGCAUUAGUGAAGUGUAAAAUAAUGUGGAUGAAAAAUAUUAAUACUAAACUCUCCAGAAGAUGCUGUAAACACUGAAGCAGAAGAAUUGGAGCAUGGUCAUAAUGCUGUAAUAUGCAUCAUAUUUCACAUCGUAGCACAAGCAAAAAAGUCAAGUAAUAAUGAUUGCAUUAGAUUUAAAUUGCAGGGUAAUGUUAAUGUAUGAUUUAGCAUAACACUUUAGUACUCAGAAACUGUCUGAAUGUUUUCUGAAACCAGCUAUUAUUCUUGGCGUGGCUGACUGAUUAAAGGGAUUGUGCUCUUUGCUUGUAUACUGUAGCAAAGAAUGUGCAAUAAUCAUGAAUUUGACACAGUGAAAUCCUUCUUCUCCUUCCAACCCUCCCUCUCUUCACACGAUUUCUGCCUGGACGCUUCACAAUUUGACAAAAGAAGGCCUGUCUUUCAUGCGAAGCAGAGUGCUACUGCUUGUACUGGCACUGUAAGUGUAUACUCACUUAUUUAACAUGCUGUGAUGGGGUGUCUUCAUCUUCAAAUAUAAGUGCUGAAUCACCUCAAAGGUUUUAUCAUUCCGCAGUUUUUUGAAAAGCCUAAACUGUUGUAAAGAGGGAAUUUAGGCUACAGCACAUUACAUCGUAGGAAAGAACAGCACUGCGUAAAGCACAAAGUUGUAAUUAUACUCAUUUAUAAGUGAAAGCAUGAAGCAUGUAUUGUGAAUUGUCAAUGAAGCUUUAAACCAGUAUGCUGGAACACGCACAAAAUCCUUGACCCUGAAAUAGCCUGAGUGACAUUUAAGUAGCUUCCAUAAUUAAUAUUCCACUCCUGAAAGCUGUACUAAAAUGUAAAAUCGUCAGGGUGAAGACAAAUCUGAUUUUGGCUUCCUGUGCAAUGACUGAUGCAGAAAUAGCCCAUGUAUACAAACGGCCUUAAACCAAAGAGUUGCAGAAGUCUCUGUGGAUGCACUCCAGCUUCUGGUUUCAGUCUUUUAAACUGACUGGCUUACAGAGGGCUUAACAGACAGGGUGGAAGUAAGAUGGAGAGAGAAGCUGUCUAUUUCUGCUGGAAACUAUAGCCUUCAUUGUAUCACAGGGUGUAAAUGUGGCUCUUCAAAAAGGCAUUAUCCAUCCAUACAAAUGUUCUUUCAUAGGAGCUGUUGGCAGGUUGGACAAGGUUUAAACAAGAGCCUUGACAAAAAUCUUAUUCAACCUAAAUGGAAUUGUGGCACACAUCAUAGUUCUUGUCAAAAUACUAAAAGCUGUGUGCUAUUAAGCUGGCUUUGUUAUUCAGUGUGGCUGCUAAGGUGUUGCUAAGCCUUUAUUGUGGUGUCCCUGGUGGUUGCUAUUUAGAUUUCAAUGCACAGAAUAAACCGUAGUGAAACGCUUUCUUCUCCAACAAACCAUUACAACAUGGGGUCAACAUGUGCUGGAUGUUGUAAAUAUCUCACCUCCCUCAUUCAUUCAUUCAUAGUUUGUUCAUUAUUACCUCAUCAUUAUUCAUUAUUACAUCAUCACUCAUUCAUAUAAAGCAGUGUUCAGCGCUGUCCAGAAAUCCAGCAUUGUUCAUUAAACCUGACCUCUUGCUCAGGAGUUUAUAAGUGAAGUACAGAGCUAGCAGUGGUGUUUGUGUUGUCUCUAUUGGGGAUGUACCUGUAUAAUUGCACAGCCUGAAUGAAAUGAAAAUUAAAUGAACUGUAAAUGUCAAACAUCAGAACAUCAUUUUACGUACCCCCCAACAUCAUUUGGCGCACCCCUUUCUGAGUAUGCAUACCCCAGUUUGGGAUCCACUUCUCUAAACAAACCCUGUAAUGGUCUAUUAUAAAUAAUUUUAUGUUUUGACAAGAAAGCAAAUUGUGCGCUACAGUUUCACACUAUGAUGAAGAUUUUUGCCAACAUUCUGUAAAGUUUGUUUAACCUCACAAAAAAUAGCUAUGAAAAAUACAUUUACAGGUGGAGCAUCAUGGAGAGAAACUGUGAGGGUGUCAGAUCUCUGUGCCCCACACAAAGUCUACUAAGUAUACCUGCCACCAGUGUGUAUUCAUCUCAUUGUUUUUCACUUCCUGUGAGCCACAGAUCCACAGUUAACACUGAUUUACCGGCAUUUUUGUCGUUACCUGGGAGACAGACAAAACAAAGCAGAUGGUAAAGGACAGGAAACCUUUGAAGCUGCAGAUGUAAACAGAGGAGGCUUUGUUUUUGAUGGGGGGACCAAUCAAUACAAGACUGUUUUUCAGUUUCUGAGAUGCAGUAAUGUUUGUGAGGGAAAUAGCAGAAUCCAUUAGAAACUUUGAGCCGUGAGCUGUUAGUUCAUCUGAACGCAGUCUAAUGUAGAUGUAUCUAGAUGUGAUCUACUGACACAAAUUAAUAAACUGCACAUAUUGCCUCCAGAUUUUUUUUUUGGGGGGGGGUUGGCUUAGUAAUCCAUGGGCUUGGAUGGAAAGUUUAAUCUACAUAGAAACUACUUUUUGCAUUGUUAUACUGUAUAUGUACUGUACAUAGUGCGAUUCAGUGUAAACCUUCAACAUGUAUACCUUUCAGAGGGCAUUUCUACCUGCUGAGUUUGAAUCUUAUUAUGAAACUGGAAUAAACAGAACCAAAAGGAAAUCUUAUAAAGGUGCCUACUUAAAAUUAUGCUUAGAAAAUUUGUUGGAUUAAUAAGAGGUAAAAGUUUAAAUGAAUUGUUGCAAAAUAUUACAACGGGUGUUUCCUCUGUGACUGUUUUUUUUUUUUUUUUUGUUGUUGUUCCUUCAAAUAUGUAUGGUUAUAGUGUUCUUAGUUGUAGUUCACAUUUCAUAGAUGCCCUGUAGCUGCAUUUGAAAUAAAAACUGCAAAAAAUAAUGCUAAAAAAAUAAAAAUCCAAAUCUAUCAUGAGCA